UAACAAUUUUGUACAGAAACUGUUUCUUGGAAUUUCGGAGGGACCGCGGAUGGUUGUCGAAAAACCCGCAAGUGUUCACGGAUUAUUGUUGGUGGAAACAAGACUUUUAAGAAAAGAGAUGUAACUUUUUAUAUUUCCUUCUGCAGUGUUUGUUCUAACAUCACAAGAGAGGAGGAUUACAUGUAGUGUUAAAACCUGUUAAGAUAACCAUCUUCAAACGACUUAAAGGGAUUUCCUUCAAGGUUAUUGUUCAGCGAAACGCCUCAAAAUGGCGACAAAGUUAGUGUUUUCUCUCGUUUUUGGAUGCGUAACAGGUUUAUGGGGCUCUUACGCCCAGGAAUGUGGUCGUCCACCGCUGAAGGAAGACAGGAUUGUAGGAGGGGUGGACGCUACGAUUGGGGCUUGGCCGUGGCAAGUGGAUAUUCAGAAAUCCCAAGAACAUGUCUGUGGAGGCGCCAUCAUCACUGAGAACUGGGUCCUAUCAGCUGCACACUGCUUCCCUGAUCCAUCCGAUGUGUCCUUAUACAUUCUAUACAUCGGACGGUACCAGCUGCAUGGGGUGAACCAGCAGCAGUCGAUGCAUUAUGUGAACCGCAUAGUGAUUCCCUCCGGUUACCAAGACCCGAAUAAUGGUAAAGAUAUAGCUCUGUUGCAGCUGUCCACACCAGUGGUCUGGUCCAACUACGUCCAGCCUGUGUGCUUGCCUGAGUCGGGCACGUUGUUCCCAGCUGGAAUGAACUGCUACGUCACUGGCUGGGGAAACAUCCGGGAAGAUGUCCCUCUGACAGGAAGCGGGACUCUGCAGGAAGUGCAGGUGCCAAUCCUCUCCCAGAGUUCUUGUCAGGAGAUGUACCAAACAAACCCGAUGGAGAAGGUGGACAUUCUGUAUGACAUGAUCUGCGCAGGAUAUCAGGAGGGCAGCAAAGACUCCUGCCAGGGCGAUUCAGGAGGGCCCCUGGUUUGCAAAAUGAUAAACGGGACCUGGGUGCAAGCUGGGGUGGUGAGUUUUGGAGAUGGCUGUGCUAAACGAAACAAGCCAGGUGUGUACACCAGGCUGACCAGCUACACGGACUUCAUCAGCUCCACAAUACCAGACCUCCAGCUGUACGGAGGAGCUCACCGGACCCGGGGUGUUGUCUUGUUGGUUAGCAGUCUGUCCACUCUGCUGAUGCUAACUUGGAGAUAAAAAAAACCCCAUAUAGUUAAAUUGUCUUCAUAAAUCAUUGUUGCAUCAUUGUUUUUAUUAGGUUUGAUUAAAAGUAGAUUUUAACAUUAAAUCAGAAUGAGAAAUUUAAUUUGGAAUAUUUAAAUAAAAGUUUGAUUUCA